GUCCACGUUUUCCAGUUCACCCGCGGCGCUAACUGAGAUAUUCAAUUAAGGAUUCCUUUUCCCACUCUGAAGCGGAUCUCCAGGGCAGAUCUUCCGAGCGACCCGCCCUAUGUUAGAAAUAGGAAAAUCCAAUAAUAACAACACAUGAAAAAAAUGAAAAAAUGAGGCAACUUUGAUCACGCAUGCUCCUUUGUCAUCCACCUUACACGCAACAUUUCUCCCAAGUUAGAAAGUGACGGAAAAGCAAGGAAGUGGCGCUACAGCAAGCCAAUCGGUUGAAAGGAAGCAUCUCGUGUUUAAAAUGCCUGUGAUAUCAACAGAAGGGAUCAGCAGACUGCUAUGUAAGAGUCCAGUGUAAAUGAAUGAGUAUUGGCGAGGAUUGUGUGACCCACAGAACCGAGUUGAAGUGGAGCUCUCAAUAUAAUUUAAAGAAAUCGAGACUCAUCAGACCAGGCAACAUUUUUCCAGUCUUCAACUGUCCAGUUUUGAUGAAGUAAUCCAGUGAGUUGGAGCGAUUCGAGAGAUCCAGGCAGACUGAGAGGAGUUUAUGCACUGAAAAGACCUCAGGAAAAUCCAAGAUGGCCGCCAAAAGGAAAGGUGGCCUAAAGUUGAACGCUAUCUGUGCCAAGCUUAGCCGGCAGGUGGUGUACGACAGCAGUUCCCAGAAUGCCGAGGGAGACUCGGACAUAGUGGACAACAGCGAGCGGGGCAGCCUGCACUACGAUGAGGGCGACAGGCCUGAAAAUGACUUCCCAGAGGCUCUGACUCUGGGCCAGAGCUUGGAGGAGGACCAGAAACGGCGCGAGGCCAUCGAGAAGUGGGUGAACGGCGAGUACGCUGACGAUCCGCACUCCUUUGACGGGAUCGAACACAGGGGACUCAAACCCAACAAUGGAGACGAUGGUCCACCUGAAGGUGUAUACAUGGUGCAGCCCCAAGGCUGCAGUGAUGAUGAGGACAAUACAGAAGAGGCAGAGACUAUGCCCGGCUCCCACGAAGGCAGUUACCACGAGGACAGGGACUCAGAGGGCAGCCCGCAAAAAGACGACAGCUACCAGCCCCCCAGUGAUGCCCCACCUCGGCAAGCCCCCUUUGCCUCACCAGGGGAGGCAUCUGUCCUGCGGGACUACGCCGCCAACACCAUGAACGAGUUCUUACACAUGUUCGGCUAUGAUGACCAGCAAGGGCGAGAUGAACUGGCCAAGAAGAUCAGCUUUGAAAAGCUAAAAGCAGCUACCUCAGACGGCUCCUCCUUGAGCAACGAGGAGGCCACGCGUCGAGCUCGCUUCUCCAAGUACGAGGAGUACAUCCGUAAGCUGAAGGCCGGAGAGACCUUGCCCUGGCCCGUGCACACCAAACCCGAAGAGCUAAACUCCAAAAUAGCACAGGAGAAGAGCACCAACCUCAUCCAGCCACCCCUCCCAGGGACAGAGGCUCAGAUUUUUCCACCCGGAAUGGACCACAAGCAAAGCUCACUUAACACGCCCCCAGCCAACCCAUCACACAUCCAGAACCUGGCAUCCCGGGCUUCCAAGUACGAUUAUUUCAUCCAGAAGCUGAAGAUGGGGGAGAGUCUCCGACAACAGAAUGGCAACUCCUAUAAGCGGCCCUCUAAGUACGACCUGGAGAAUGUCAAGUUCCUGCACCUCUUUAAACCAGGAGAGGGCAACCCUGACAUGGGCGGGGCCAUCGCCUUUAAAACUGGCAAGGUUGGCAGGCCGUCCAAAUACGAUGUACGAAACUUCCAGAAGAUGCCUGGGAAGGUCGAUCCUCCAAUUAUGCCAGGCAUACUCCCGACUACAGCAGCGACUCCAGGCACGCCGGUCAUCAACACAGCCGCCCCCGCCGGGGUCGUGAGUGCUCCCGGGUUGCCAGUAGACCAGGCGGGACACCUGGGUAUUAACACUGAUUACUUGAAGUCCAGCUUCUCCAAAACCGACUCGAUCACUACUGGAACCGUCUCCUCAGCCAAGAACGGCCUUCCUCCGGAGAAACCUGUGACUGAGGACGUCAACGUGUACCAGAAAUAUAUCGCCAGGUUCUCUGGGAGCCAGCACUGUGGCCAUGUGCACUGUGCUUACCAAUACAGGGAGCAUUAUCAUUGCAUGGACCCUGAAUGUAACUAUCAGAGAUUCACCAGUAAGCAGGAUGUGAUAAGGCAUUACAACAUGCAUAAGAAGCGGGACAACUCCUUGCAGCACGGAUUCAUGCGCUUCAGCCCUUUGGAUGACUGCAGCGUCUACUACCACGGUUGCCAUCUAAACGGCAAGAGCACCCACUACCACUGCAUGCAGGUGGGCUGCAACAAGGUGUACACGAGCACCUCUGAUGUCAUGACUCAUGAGAACUUCCAUAAGAAAAACGCACAGCUGAUCAACGAUGGCUUCCAGAGGUUCCGGGCCACCGAGGAUUGUGGGACAGUUGCCUGCCAGUUUUACGGGCAGAAGACGACCCACUUCCACUGCAGGCGCCCCGGCUGUACCUUCACCUUCAAGAACAAGUGUGACAUUGAGAAGCACAAGAGCUAUCACAUCAAAGACGAUGCUUACGCCAAGGACGGCUUUAAGAAGUUUUACAAAUACGAGGAAUGCAAGUACGAAGGCUGCGUCUACAGCAAAGCCACCAACCAUUUCCACUGCAUACGCCAAGGCUGCGGCUUCACCUUUACCUCUACCAGCCAGAUGACCUCGCACAAACGCAAACACGAGCGGCGCCACAUUCGCUCCUCCGGCGUGUUGGGCCUCGGCUCCUCCUUCUUGUUGCCUAAAGACGAGCAGGAAGAGUCCAGCAAUGAUGACCUCAUGGACUUCUCCGCCAUCAGCAGCAAGAACUCCAGCCUAAGUGCUUCUCCAACCACCCAGCAGUCCUCCACAGUACCACACCUGCUGACCACACCAACCACAACGAUGUCCUCCAGCCACAGCGUCAAGCCCACCGCCUCGCUGCCUCCGGCCAGCCGCAUAUCCACCCUGCUAUCCCAGGCUCUGCCCAGCAAUGUUCCCAUGGCCUUGGCUCUUUCCAACAGCACGCUGCCGGGAGCUUCCAACCCUUUCUUUUCCCUCAUUCCCAGAAUGUCCAUGCCUCUCGCACCCUCCGCCGCUGGUAUGAUCUCGGCUGCCACCUCUGUAGCUCACUCAAUGCCCAAUGAUUGUCUACCCCAAACUUCCGCUCCGACCGGGGACCCUGCUCCAGCCACCGUAGCUUCCACUCCGACUUCUUUUGCUGCAUCAUCCAUCAUGGAGAAGAUCUCGGCCAGCAAGGGUCUGAUUUCGCCUAUGAUGGCCCGAUUGGCCGCUGCUGCCCUGAAGCCCUCCGGAAACCUGGAUGCAGGGAUCGGGCAGUCAGCUCAACAGCCGGCCCGGUUUAAUCCGGUCGAAGUCAAGCAGGAGCCCGUGGACGGCACCUCUGGGGCUUCCCAAGAGUCCUUCCAAGAGCACAGCCUGGACUUGAGCAAGAAAGACAACAGCACUGAAUCAAACGGACACCCAGCACCGGGAAAUACAUCUCUUUUAUCCUCACUUAUGAAUAAGAUGGCACAUGUCGGUCCAGGCUUCUUCAACUCUUUGGAUCUGAAGUCUGAGCUGGAGGGAGCUCAAGAUUGUACAGACGCAGCUCAGUAUCUCAGGGUGAUGAAGAGAUCAAGCCCAGAGAAACCUGCUGAACUCUGGAGGACCUAUCUGCGCAGGUAUGACACUGAUGAUUACUGCGAAGCUCAUUGUGACUUCUUGCACAAGAUACAUUUUCAUUGCGUGGUGGAGGAUUGCGGGGCUCUUUUCAGCACGGUGGACGGCGCCAUCAAACACGCCAACUUCCACUUGAGGGCCAACCUGAAGGUUAAAUCGGACGGCUCUUUCAGCGAGAGCAAGGAAUCCAAUGACGGUGCCCCUAAUCAAAUGGCUGCCCCCAUUUCCAUGGCCAAGACCCCUCCGAUGGAUUCCCCCAGCAUGGCUGUGUCGGGAGGAUACAGCUCUUCUCCCUCUCUUCAAGCUUGGAAGCAGCUGGCUGGAUCUAUCCCCCAGCUUCCCGCAUCCAUGCCCAGUAUCCCGGCCACUUCCCCUCUGGCCACCACUUCCCUGGAGAACGCCAAGCCCCAGGUCAAGCCCGGCUUCCUGCAGUUCCAGGACAAUGAUCCUUGUCUGGCCACUGACUGCAAAUACUCCAACAAGUUCCACUUUCACUGUCUGUUUGGCAACUGCAAAUAUGUGUGUAAAACAUCCGGCAAAGCUGAAUCGCACUGUCUGGACCACAUUAACCCCAACAACAACCUGGUUAAUGUGCGAGACCAGUUCUCCUACUAUUCUCUACAGUGUCUCUGUCCAAACCAGCACUGUGAGUUUCGCAUGAGGGGUCACUAUCAUUGCCUGAGACCUGGCUGCUACUUCGUCACCAACAUCACCACCAAACUGCCCUGGCACGUCAAGAAGCACGAGAAAGCUGAGAGACGUGCCGCCAACGGGUUCAAAUACUUCACCAAGCGAGAAGAAUGUGGAAGACCUGGCUGCAAAUACAACCAAGUUAACAGCCACUUCCAUUGUAUCCGUGAAGGCUGUCAGUUCUCCUUCCUGCUUAAGCACCAGAUGACCUCCCAUGCCCGCAAACACAUGAGGCGGAUGCUGGGGAAAAACUUCGAUCGAGUUCCUUCUCAGGUGGUCUCUCAUGCCCACCGUUCUGAAGAAAUGCAGCACCUGGCCAAUCUAGCAUCAUCAGGUGUGGUGGGCAGCCAUCCUGGUCUGACAUCAAACUACUCCAACAUGAUGGAGGACAAUGAAGAUUACAUGGACUACACUGGUGGUGGAAGUCCGCUCGGCCUCUCCUCAGAGUCCUCCAACCAAGACCGCAGUUGCACCAGCACCCCUGUGGGCAAUGAUAGCUCUCCAGCAGGACCAGGCUGUCAGGUCCCUGCCCCUGCCACCACUACCUCUGCUGAUUCUCCUCCUUCUCAAUCUGCACCUCUUCCUCCACCACCACCACCUUCUCAUCAGCCCGCGUUCCAGGGUCAACCUCCAUCUCUCUCCUCGGCUCUUCUCCGGCCGCCACUCCCCUCGCUCCCAUACCUUAUCUCCCCAUCCUGUCUGUCAUACUCUCUGCUCAGCGCCUCUCUUGGAGCCAGUAGGAGUGUUGUCAUGCCAACCAACACACCAGCUUUCAGCCCCGUCAUUCCUACUUCGUCUUCGGUUAAAAAUGACGUCCCUAUAGUUCAGGACGCUGCAGGUAACACCAUCUCUAUUCCCACGGCAACUGGAUCCAAGAAACGCUUUUGGAUCAUCGAGGACAUGUCACCCUUCGGCAAGCGACGUAAGACGGCCUCAUCUCGCAAGAUGCUCGACGAAGGCAUGAUGCUGGAGGGCUUCCGCCGCUAUGAUCUCUACGAGGACUGCAAGGACCCGGCUUGCCAAUUCUCUCUGAAAGUCACCCACUACCACUGCACACGGGAGAACUGCGGCUACAAGUUCUGCGGCCGCACCCACAUGUACAAACAUGCCCAGCACCAUGACCGCGUGGACAACCUGGUUCUGGAUGACUUCAAGCGCUUCAAAUCUUCAUUGUGCUGCAACUUCCCCGACUGCCAGUUCUCCGGCAACAGCACCCAUUUCCACUGUCUGCGCUGCGGCUUCCGCUGCACGGACAGCACCAAGGUUACAGCGCACCGAAAACACCACGGCAAGCAGGACGUGAUCAGCGCGGCAGGAUUCUGUCAGUUCAGCUCCAGCGUAGACUGCGAAGUAGCCGACUGCAAGUACAAGCUCAAGUGUUCGCAUUUUCACUGUACCUACCCAGAGUGCAAGCACACAGUGGUGGGGAUGUCCCAGAUGGAUUCCCACAAGCGCAAGCAUGAGAAGCAGGAGCGGGGAGAACUACCUUCUGUGUCCCCCAACCGAGAUGGCAACCACCACCACGCAGGGCUGGCCAUGCCCCCAGUGUCCAUGAACCUGCCCCCAACCUCACCCGGCACCCACAACAAUAUGGCCAUGUAUCUUCCUUCAACCGGGAGCACCGGUGAGUACGACCGCCUGGGAUCCGCAGUAAACCUUGACGGCUCUCUGAAUCUCGGAACGGACACCAACGGCUCCCUGUUCUUCCUGAAAAACGCUGCUGGAUUGGGCCUCAGUGACUCUAUGGACCUGAGCAAGAAGAUGCAUCAGGAGACACUGUCCCUGGCUGCCGGUUCUGGCCCCGCUGCCUCAAUGGGCCUUACCAAUCCUCAGGACGACACUACCGGCACGUCCGGAGAUCUAGAAGAUGACCUCUCGGCCGACGAGGAGCCGACAGUCGAGGAUGACGAUGACGACGAUGAUGAAGAAGAUGAGGACAUGAACACAGACUCGUAUGACGAUUCCAUGCCAGAAGUGGACAAAGACAACGGUGAGAGAUUUGAUGCUUCCAUGAACCACGCCGAGACUUCCCAACUGGAUCAGGAUGAGCCGGAGACUGAGCCCUAAUCUAUGCUGUAGAAGGAGAACUAUGAAUUCCCCGAACAAACGCAAGUUUAAGUGGCCUCAUUUAUCAUGCUUAGAGAUGCUGCAGAUGACAGGAAAACAACCAACUACACAAGUAAAGUGAAGGCCCAAAAUGAUUUAUGAUGAUGUUUACAAGAUGACCAACAUUAUUAAUUUAAUUAUGCAUUAAAAAUGAACAGAAAUAGACAGACGAGGCCCUCUUUUACACAUGGGUGGCUAUGUAAACCUUUUCCUACACAUCGGUCUUUUGUGUGUGUGCAUGUUUGACUUUAAUUUAUUCAAUUUCAUUUGUUACUUUUUGUGUGUGGACAAAAUAAGGAAAAAAAAACAAUCUCUCUAUAUAUAAAUAUCUAUAUAAAGUAGAUGUGUGUGGACGUCAAUGUACAUUUUAAUUGCAGUCACUGGAUGGGAGGACCCUUGUACCAAACAAAAAGAACAGACGAAGAAAUCUUUUAUAAAGAACGUUGCUGAUUCAGAAACAUCACUGUUAAUAUUAUUGAAGUGCAGGGGCCUGCAUCAAAGCUUCUCCGUUUUUCACUCGAUUCUAUUUUUUUAUUAUUAUUUACAGUUCUCACUUAAACCUACCGUCAUGGUCGGUGAUGUCAUAGGUUCCAUUCCACAUGGACGUUCGCCCGCAUCUCCAGGACUCAAACAGUACCCGGUGACUGCAAUGCUCGAGGCCAUAAAGCACCGAUUUCAGUGACCGCAGCUAUCACUCGAUUUGUGUUCCUUUUUUUCAACGAGGACCCAUUUGGCAUUGCAUAUUCAUUCAGCGCACUUUUGUAUAGAUGAGAGUGGACACUCAAGCUUCUAUUUAAGAAAUUGUGUCGUCUUUGACACGACCGCAUUACUAUGGCUUUUCGUUUGCAUUAUUUUGUAAUUGCACAGGCAUGACGUGGAAGUGUCUCACUGUAAAUGGGUUCUAUUGCGACGGCGGGGGUUCGUUCGUGCCCCCCUUGUUUCGGCAAGUUUUUAAUGUGAUGAUGGUGCUACUGCCCAGGAUGAACGGGAGAUUACAGCUGUGUCUUUUUUUUUUUCUCAUCCACGGAUAGAUGUACUUAAGUAUCCAUCAAACACAAAGCAGGAGACGAGCGUCUCGGAAUGUAGGGAAAAACAAGACGUUUGUAGGUGUUAUUUUUUCGCUUUCCUUCACUGUUUCUGUAGCAUGAAAAAACCAAGAGGAUGGAGACUGGCUUUUUGAAGCUUCUUUUUUUCAGAAGCCUCAUAUAUCUAUUUCUAAAAGGAAAGAGACUGUUUUUUCUAGAGGGCUAAAUGGAGGACAGACAUCACAGAGACAUUGCGAUGAAUGCUGGCGCUGGUAAUGGAAAGCGUGUGAUUUUAUGAAUUGUACAGAAAACAAUGUUUCAAGCUUUUGUUUUCUCAUUACAGCUGUGGUUUCGCUCCAAUAAUGACACGUUAUUUAAUAUUUAUGUGACGUUGCGAUGAGAAAAUUCUAGGGUGUUUUUUGCACUUUUUAGGUUCAUUUUUACCUUUGAAAUGAUGGCAUAUAUCUUUUAACAGGGAAUUUGCUUUACAAUGUUGUUUAGUUCACUUUGCUUUAAUGCACAAAUAGUCUUCAGUGUGAUGAAGAUUCUGUUGCUCUGUGUUUCAUUUAAGGAAAAAAGACAAAAAAAAAAGGAUUUUCUUUGCUUCCAAGAUUGAAUGAUUUCAAUACGAGACAGGCAUGCUAGGACCUGGCCUGCCAAACGCGUAACACUAAUGUUGACUGUAAUUUAAAUGAAUUCUAUACAGAGGAAAUUAUUGCAGUGCUCCGAUCCAAAUUACAAACAACAAAAAAUGAAAGAAAAUGAAUUUUGUUUGCUUAGCCUCUGUUGAAUUUAACAAGGAAAAGUGAGGCGAGGAAAUUACGAUUAAUUAUUUCCUAAACGUGGCUUUGAAAGAACUAUUAUAAUAUAGGAAACUAAAUGUGUAGAUGAUUAUCUUCGGAAUAUUGUUUCAGGAGGGAAAAGGUUGUAUAGUAUUUUCUUCUGUAAAAACUAUAUAUGAACAAAAAUGCUCUUUGAUUCAAAGCUUCCUUUAAACAGAAAAUAAAAAGGAGAAUAAAGUAAAAAACCGAAAUAACACCAGUAUAGUUUGCUUGUAUGUGUGUGUGUGUGUGUGUGUGUGAGAAAUGAGUGUUUGCGAGGUCGUGUUGUUAUUGCUAUGGUUUUCCCAUAGUGUUAGAGGAAUUAGUGGUAAUUAAAUUUAUACGAGUCCCAUUAUUGUAGCACUGAACAGUGGAGUGUGCAUUUCUACCUUUUACGUUUCGAAAUCAUAUUUUUCAAAGCUGUAUAUCAUGCUCGAAUCACAAUAACAAUGUCCAUUGGAUAUCUGAAUCAUACCACCCAGAACUCUGUUUUGUUUGUUACUGUUUUUGUGUGUUUUAUUUAAAUUUGUUGACAUGUAUUUUGCAUAUGGCAUGCCCCUCUCACAGGACGUUGUGUUCUCUGGUCUCAAGUGCAAGGCCGUACGCGCCGAUUUCUUCCUCCCGAUAAAAACACUGAAAUGGCUUUUUGCCUGGGAGAAAUACUGUGCACUUGAAUACAUUUUAUGUGUGUAAAAUAGCAGGAUUUGUAAAGAGUCAAAAUAAAGAAAUUAUAAUUAUUCUAACAA